CUCUCUCAGGUUUACAUGUUCAAACAUGAUUCCACUCACGGACGCUUCAAGGGAACCGUCGCAGCUGAGCAUGGGAAGCUGGUCAUCAAUGGCAAACAUGUCACUGUUUUCCAGGAGCGCGACCCAGCCAACAUCAAGUGGGGCGACGCUGGGGCUCAGUAUGUGGUCGAGUCCACCGGGGUCUUCACCACGCUGGAGAAAGCUUCGGCUCAUCUGAAGGGAGGCGCCAAGCGAGUGAUCAUCUCCGCUCCCUCGGCCGACGCUCCCAUGUUUGUGGUGGGUGUCAACCACCACAAGUUCGAUAAGAGCAUGACCAUUGUCAGCAACGCCUCCUGUACCACCAACUGCCUCGCCCCUCUGGCCAAGGUCGUCCACGACAAGUUCGGGAUCGUCGAGGCUCUGAUGACCACCGUCCAUGCGUACACAGCCACCCAGAAGACAGUGGAUGGUCCCUCAGGGAAGCUGUGGAGAGAUGGCAGAGGAGCUCACCAGAACAUCAUUCCUGCCUCCACUGGCGCUGCCAAGGCCGUGGGCAAAGUCAUUCCCGAACUGAAUGGGAAGUUGACUGGGAUGGCGUUCCGGGUGCCAACUCCCAAUGUCUCUGUGGUUGACCUGACUUGCCGUCUGUCGAAGCCUGCCAAGUACGAUGACAUCAAAGCAGCCAUGAAGGCAGCUGCUGAAGGACCCAUGAAGGGAAUCCUGGGAUACACAGAGGACCAGGUCGUGUCGACUGACUUCAACGGAGACACUCACUCCUCCAUCUUCGACGCUGGCGCUGGGAUCGCUCUGAACGAACACUUCGUGAAGCUGGUCUCCUGGUAUGACAACGAGUUUGCCUACAGCACCAGGGUCAUUGACCUGGCUAUCCACAUCUCCACCAAGGAGUGAAGACUACAGACCAGCCUCGGGAUACCUGCUGCAUCUUAACACUGGCCACCACCCCUCCCUCUCCGCCCCCCCCUCCCUCUCCCUCCCUCCCCGAAAUCCUCGUCCACAGCACUCAGCUGGCCAUAACCUUCAUGGCCACCGCCUGAACCCCUUCCCUCCCACCCAACCACCCCCUGACCCUCCCUGGAAAGCACAGUUCUGUCUUGUUUAGAGGAGGUGAGGAGACCCCUCAUUAAAUAAAACAAACACGAUGUUUGAAUCUUC